AUGAAAAGAAACACUAACGUCAGCUCAUCCCGUAGAAAGUCAAGAAAAGCACACUUCACCGCCUCAUCAGGUGAAAGACGUAUCCGUAUGUCUGCUGCUUUAUCUCACGAUUUAAGAACUAAAUACAACGUUAGAUCUCUUCCAAUCAGAAAAGACGACGAAGUCCGUGUUGUCUGUGGUGAUAACAAGAAUCACGAAGGUAAAGUUGUUGCCUGUUACAGAAAGAAAUACGUCAUCCACAUUGACAAACUUACCGUCACCAAAACCAACGGUAACACUGCUCAAAUUGGUGUCAGUCCAUCAAAUGUCAUCUUAACUAAAUUAAAAUUAGAUAAAGACAGAAAAGCUUUAUUAGAAAGAAAAAACAGAACCGUCGCUGCUGAUAAGGGUAAAGUCAAAGUCUCUGCUGACGUCAACUAA